AUGUCGACAUGCUGUGGAAUUGUUGUUCGUUUAAAAUUGUCGACUGAAUGUCGACAGGAUGUCGAUAUUUUGUCGAUAUUGUUGAAUUGUAUGGCUCCCAGACUCAUUAUUCCAGCACCCGAGCAUUUUACUGGCCGCGUCACAUAUAGAGGCACUGGAGUGUUUGCAAAAAUCAAAGCUCGGUUUGAGGAGUUCAACCUUAAUAACACGGCGAAGGAUAGCCGUUUCGGGAGCUUCUGGAAUGUCGUACCCUUGACAUUCUCCUCGGUGUUAUUUCACCAGCUGAUGCUCCACAAAAUGAAAGUGGAUGCUCAGAAGGAGUUGAGGAUGCGGUUUUAUAUUGGUCAGAAGGAGGUCAGAUUCGGGGUGCUGGAGUUUGCACUCAUUACAGGCCUGGACUUCUCCUCGGGGCCAACAGAAGAGGAGAAGGCUGCGCAGGUCGCGCGCUCGGGGUCAGACAGAUUGAUCAACAAAUAUUUCAACCGGUCUGAUAGUGUGAAGAUAGAAGCACUCCAAGAUAGGUUCACAAACUGUCAGAACCCGGAAGACUUGUACAAGCUCGGCUUGUGCUUGUUUGUGGAGUCAGUGGUUCUGGGCCGCGAGGCAAACGCGCUGAUUACGCCUCACAUACUUAGAUAUGUGGAAGACCUCGAGUUCUUCUUCCGGAUUCCUUGGGGGAAGCACUCAUUCGCCAGACUCAUGCACUCGCUUCAAAAAGACAUGUUGAAACAGAAGGCCAACUACGAGAAGAAGCUGAGUUCAGAUGUUCAGCACGAGUGCAAAUACACAGCAUAUGGCUUCGCACCUGCAGUACAAUAUUGGGCGUACGAGGCCAUUUUGGAGGUUGGGAAGAGGUAUGGCACGAAUCACGGGAUUCGGUUCCCCAGGAUGCUUAGCUGGACGAGCAAGGGCGAUAUUGGGAAGAAAGACGUCAGCGCAUUAUUUUCUAGACGGAAUCUUGAAGUGGUGAAGGGGCUACUUCCACGGACAGAGGAGGAGGCAUUUGUGAGGACCAUAUCUUACGAUGGUGUGGAGAACCUGGUUGAUGAUGGUGUGGAUGACACAGAGGCUGAGGCAGGUAGUCAGGUACCAGAGACUCAGGUCCCAGACACUCAGGAAACAAACACUCAGGUACCAAUUUUUGGAACUUUUUUUAUGUCUUUAUUUUUUAUUGUUUUUGUUUUGUGA